AUGCAACUCAGCUGCCUGUGCAGCCUGGCUCUAUUAUCCUGGAUCACCUGGACAGCCUGUUGGAUGAUGUGGGUGAACAGCUGCCUUCCAAUAAUGAUGUAUUGCCUGCAACACCUUCUAAACCUUGGAAAAGUCAGUUAUCUGCAGCAGUGGUUGCUGCACCAAUGGCAUGAUCUAGCCAUCCUGUUGGACAUGGAGGCCCCACCUGAGCUGAGGGAUUGUGUCCUGUGUGGAGUGGAUGGAAUCUUCCAGUACAUUGAGUGUGCCCAUUGGCUGGUCUUCUGCACCAUGUGUUGCUGGGCAGAACACAAGCACUGGCCAUUCCACAGGGUGGAACAAUGGAAUGGCACAUUCUUUGAGGAAUCAUCCCUGCAGCUGUAUUGUAGAUGCCCUGGGGCAGAGGAUUCACACAUACAGCUGAUGUGGGCUGGGAUGUUUCCUGCUACCACAAAGGCCACAAGGACUGCAUUUACCUUCCAAGUACUCAAUGACUUCGUUCAGGACAAUGUGGAAUGUGGUACCUCAGUGAUGAAUUUCUACAGCAAACUUCAUCACAUAACCUCCAAUGCCUUUCCUCAUCUGGUGCCAGAUAGGUACAGGGAGCUGCUGAGAGUUGCUAGGAUGUGGCAGCUCCUGAAACUACUGAAAUGGCAGGGAUCCCACACAAGUGCAGAAGAUGCCAGCCCUGGGGAAUUAGUGUUAUUCUGUCCAGCAUGUCCUCAGCCUGGCAUCAACAUUCCUGAAGAUGAAACAGAUUAUUCCCAUUGGACACUGGCAAGAAGCUUGGUCAUGGAUGGGAAUUUCAAGGCAGAGCAUAUGCAUCCAAAGGAUGCUGGCAGUGAAGCCUGGUUGAUGGAUGGAAAGGGGUACAUGGUUGCAUCACAGCCAUACAAGGAAUAUUUGAGCAGCACUAAAAAUGUGGUUGAGAUCUCAGAUUGCAGCAAUCAUCAGGCAGUUAAUCAAGCAAAUGCCAACCAGCAGCAGCUUGCAUCUACAGGAAUAGGUGGAUGUGCCUGUGCAUGGCAUGGCUGUUUUGUGCUGCAUGCAAUGGUCAACUUCCAGAAGGGCAAACAGCAGGUUAACAUGGACUAUGUGCUUGUGCAUGCCAUCAGGCAUGGCACAGUCCCUGGCCAGCAAGUGAUACAUUUCUAUGAUAUUAACUGCCAGUAUAGCAAAGAAUGGUUUGCACAAUAUGCUCCCAAUUUCAUUGUGGGUGCUGGCUGGGUGGAUGGGGAGAUCAUGGAAACCUUGUGGUCCUCCCUGAAUAUCAUUUCCCCAUCUGCUAGAGGCAUGGCUACUCCCCAUCAGCAGGAGGUACUUGAUUUCCAAAUGAAUGAUAGCAAUUUCCUGAAAAUGGUCAGAAUGUCAAUGAGACUCAAGUGGAAACUCAAGGUUGCUGAGGAAUCUUAUUUAGUGGUUGAAGGCAGGUUUGCUGAUUUGAAUGGUAAUGUCCCACCAGCAGUCAGCCAAUCAUGGGGGGAAGAAGUGGCAGUGGCAUUGGAAAACUGGCUGUCAAGGCCACAGGCCAUGGAUAUAUAUGAGGUCAGGCUGCAGAAAGGAUUUGUGCUGAGUGGUAUUGAAGCUCCCUCUGCAAAGGCAAUUGAGAUAGAUUUACUGGCCAUCCCCCAGCCAGGGCAUUUGCAGGGUAUGGUGACCUGGAUUGCAAAGGCAUUGAAGAUAGAGGAAGCACAAAUCCAGCUUACAGUGGCAUGCUGGCACAUCACCUCAAGAGCAACAGAAGCUCAAAAUCUCACCAUUGCAUGUUGCUGUGAUUGUCUCCAGUCCCAUAUACAUGGCAUUUUCAACACUGCCAAAAAACUAUUUGGGAACAGAUUCAAGGAUGCCGAGCUGUGCCAGUCAUCUAACCCACAUGACCCAGAAACCAUUGCAUUGCUGCUGCCAUCCAAUGUUGGCAAAGAUCAUUUUGAACGAUCUGGCCUGGGGUAUGUGACAAUAAUGGAGCUGCAACUGUGGCAAGGACAGGCCAAUGAUUGUCUUCAUGAACUGCAGCUUAUGCUUGCAGAGAAGGCAGUCAUCUUUCGAACUGACAUUCACCAUGGAAGUAAUUACCACAUGGCCACAUGUGCCUGGGGAAGGGUGGCCAAUGCUGAAGCAGUGGUGCAACAUCAUGCUGCUGUGUACUGCCAGUGCCACAUUCAAAUGGACAGGUUAGGGGCCAGGCUGGAUAUCCUGGAGCAAUACAAAGAGUUGAAUGACUCUGACCUAACUAUCAGCAUGGCAGUAUCUGACCCAAAUGCCAGAGGUCACAGAGACAAUACCCUACCUUGGAUCUGGACAAUGGAUGUACCAAGGGACAUGGCCACUAAUGAUUGGAUGUCAGAAUUCUACAGGGUCAAUUGGCUCCAGAUGAGGGCACUGCAGGACAGAUGGAAGGAGGAGGUUCAGCUGUUGAAAUGUAAGAUUUUGGACCAGCAGAAAGGCUGCCACAUUGGCAAAGGGACAGGCCAGGCCAGCAUGCUAUGCUGCACAGCAAUGCCAGAUGUAUGGCAGAUUAGCAUGUUUUCUGUGAACCAUUUCCAUCUAGAGACCACUAGCUAUCUGCAAUGA